AUGAAUGAUUCGGAGUCAGAUAACUCUGUAGAAGUUAAAAUGAUCAGUGCUUCAGCCAGAAAGAUUGAGUUCGAUUUUUGGGAUAGAAGUUGCGAAGAUAUUGGGGUUUAUCGCGAGCAUGCUUUAGCUGAUGGGUCUUGUAUAAUUGCUGCUACUAAGGGCUGUGAAGUUGUUGUUUUUCGUAGAAAUGGAGAACUCGUACGAAGACUCACAGCCAAAUUUCCUAUUGUUGAUAUUUUAUGGUUCCCGUGUUGGUCACGAUUAUCAGCUGAAGAUCCUGGCGAGAAAAUUGAUUAUCUAACACUUGUUGGAGAAAGAGAACUUGUAUUUUACCAGACUGAGGAUGAUCAUCCCUUCUAUUUCAGCUUCCCAUUCAAGAUUCGAGGUGUUUUUGCUGCUAAUGAUUGUUUAAUAAUAGAGAGAAGUUGGGAUCAUCUGAUAAAUAGAGCUGAGAAAACUGAAGAGUCUAUCUAUCUAUACACAUUAACACAUCCUCUGGACGAACUUCGUCCUGUGAUUUUCCGAGACGGAGAUAUUACUAACUUUUACAUGCUCACAGUGUCUAAUCAGGUCGUGGGGAGCUUCAACUCUUGCUUGCUAAUUUAUGACGACGCGAAAAAGGCUCAUGUUUUGUACAGUAUCCGUAAAGCUACAUCAGACGAUUGUCGUAUGAUAUCAGGAACUCCCAGGCUUCUACCUGAGAGACAUAAAAUUCAACCUUCACCUAAGACAAGUACUCCAGUAUCAAGAGAGAACGACGCUGGUCUGACAUGUUCUUGUUGUCUACUAAUCUUAGAAGUUGCAAGUCGCUGUGUGUGA